AUGACAAGCCAGGCGCCAGUUCUUGGAUGCUGGACUUUCCGGACUGAUCAUGCCGUCUCUGCCAUACACACCCUUGAAAUCACCAUCGGAAGCCUCGAGAGAAGCCUGAAGAGAAGACGUCCCAUCACCAGCGUUGACACAGGUCACGAGAGAGGCGUCUCCGUGCUUAAUGACAACUCCCUCCAGAACCAGAUCGGCAUCCUCCAAGGACUCGAACACCUCGAGACUAAAGCCCUGCCACUCCUCCGCAGCAUAAACGAAGACCUCACACACGACUCCGGAUUCGAAAGCUACAUAGAUCUCCGUCAACGAUGUCAAGACGUCCUCACCGAUCUCUGCGACAACCUCGCUGCCGCCAUCCCCGUCUCCGCGCCGCUUCUUGCAAUAGCGAUUCGGCUCCCGCGAUCUUGGACUUUCACGCCUAGCACUCCACCGCUAGCUCAUCGAGUCUCCGCGGUGGAGAUGCACUCGACGUGGAGCGAUCACUCACACGGAUCGACGGUGGCUACCGGCCUCUUCAUCUCCGCACCUCUCCGUGGCCGGCUUCCUCAUCGCUGGCCCUCUUCUUACAAACGCCGCGGCCGCAAUGGCGAUCUCAGCUCCCGCUGCCUUCGACUUGCACACCCACCAUUGCACGGCCAGUCCACCGGUUCUCCGCAGUCAAGACGCAGUCGAUAUGGCAUCUCGGCUCCCAUCGUCUUCGGCUUUUACACCUGCCAUUCCACCGCGAGUUCACUUGGUCUCCACAGCUGA